GUGGUAUGUGAAAUAGAUAGGGUGAAGAGAGCUAUUGGUGCUUUGUGCUUGAGAGGUGACCGAAAUCUCGCAGGGAGGAUUUACAGAAAAAAGGACAAUAAUUUGGAUAUCUAUGUUUUUGUUUGUUUGAUUCAACUGGCGUGCUAUAGACCCUGGAUACCACUGGCCAUGGCAGAAGGGGGCUGCGCAAAGACCGAAGAAGGGGAGGCACCGAGCUCCGAGGAGGAUUCUGGUUCUUUUCACGGUAGCGGAGUGUGCAAAUGGUUUAACGUACGGAUGGGGUUCGGGUUCCUAUCCAUGACCAACAGGGACGGUGUCCCUCUCGAAACCGCCGUCGAUGUGUUUGUUCAUCAGAGCAAACUGCACAUGGAGGGCUUCCGCAGUCUGAGAGAGGGAGAGACCGUGGAGUUCACCUUCAAAAAGUCAUCCAAGGGCCUGGAGUCGCUCCGGGUGACUGGCCCAGAGGGAGCUCCCUGCGUGGGCAGUGAGAAGAGGCCCAAGGGUGCCCAGAAGCGCCGCUCAAAAGGAGAUAAAUGCUACAACUGUGGAGGCCCUAACCACCAUGCCAAAGAAUGCCAGCUCCCCCCUCAGCCCAAGAAGUGCCAUUUCUGCCAGAGCAUAGCCCAUAUGGUUGCCAGCUGUCCGAUCAAAGCACAGCAGUCCUCACCCGGAUCUCAGGAACGGUCGUCCUCGGCGGCAGGCGGAGAGGAAGAGGAGCUGAUGCGUCCGGCUCCCGCUCCGCUUCCUCCGGAGAGCUCUGACUAAGGAGCCGGAUAGUCAGGGAGACAUGAGCCAAUCAAAACGCUUCACUGGAAUGCUGCUUCGAGAACUACCUCAGGUUCUACUUUUUUGUGUUGUUUUUGUUUACUUGAGCGCAGAUAACAACUGAGUUCUUCACAGUAUGAUAGUGUUAGUUUAGAAUGUCAAGUUGGUUAGAAGCUGGAGACCACUAUAUGUCAGUGGCUUCCGGAAAAUCAUAAUGAUAUUGAAUAGUGAAUUUGUUGACAG